AUCCUGCACCUAACCUUCCUGUAAAAUUGUUUUGUUCAUUAUCAUCUGGAGUGCUGAAGGGUUUUACAGAGUUUAAACAAAAUCCCAACAAUUUGACAUGAGUCUGCGAAAUAAUCAUGGCAGUAUUGCUAGCAGCAGCAGUGGAAGCAGUUUGGGUGUGCAAUGUGUGAUACACAGUGAAAACCUGAUCCUUUACUGCAAUGAAUGCGGGGAUUGUGUAUGCCCUCGAUGCCUGGUGGGGAGCAAGCACAAGACGCACACUUUUUCACCUUUUGAGGAGGCCUGCAAGGAACAAAAAUUUCAGAUUACAAGGAAAGUGAAGGAUUUGAAGAAGAUUCAUGACCGAAUCAAGAAGGACAUGGACAGGAUUCCCCUGACGUUACAGGACAUUGAAAUUAUCAUCUCAAAAACAAAAGAGUCUGUUGAAGAAAAGUACAACACAAUUAAGGAGCUACUGGAGAAUGACAUGAGAGCAACAAUGAGCCUGAUCGAAGCAGAGAGCUUGUCAAUGGAAACCAUGAUUACAGGGCAGCAAGUGGACAAGGAGGCAUAUAGUGAUGCUAUCAUGUCCAUAAUGGAAAGAGUCAAUGAGAUGAAUGAGAAUCCAGAUUCUGAGAGUGUACAGACACUACAGGAAGUAAUGAGUUGGAAGACCCGUCUUGAAGCUUUUGUAGAUUUGCAAAGAUCAAUUGGUAAAGAAGUGCCAGCGGAGAAUGGGCGACUGAAAUCACUGCUGCGUUCUGUAGAGGAGCUGCACCAGGCUGUGAAGAAAUUGCUGCCACGAAUGUGGGAAUAUUCAAGAAAUAUUACCUUCGAUGAGAACACAGCACACAAGAAUCUGACUUUGUCAGCUGAUCUGUGUUCUGUGCAAUACAAUCCCAUACCCACUAGUGUCCAAAACAAUCCAGCGCGGUUUGAAGGUUCUUGCACUGUCCUAGUGAAUGAGAGCUUCUCAUCAGGCAAACACUACUGGGAGGUGAAAGUGAGGAACAAAGAUGGGUGGAACAUCGGAGUUGCCUACUCCUCCAUCGCCAGGAAAGGGAAAGGUAAAGAAACUGUCCUGGGAAAGGACAAAUAUUCGUGGUCCCUCCGCAUGAUUGACAAGGAAUACUACGCGCUCCAUGCUGAUGAGUCCAUUCUGCUUGAUAUGAACAGCAGAGACCACAACUGCGAACGACUGGGAAUAUUUUUAGAUUACGAAGAGGGGCGCUUGUCUUUCUACAACGUUUGCCGAGGCGUUCGCAUUCACUCUUUUAAAACAAAGUUCCGUAAACCGGUAUUUCCCGCGUUCAAUCCUGUGUCAACCGCAAAUUCAAAAAAUUAUGAACCGAUCGUGUUGUGCCACUUAGCCCCCGCCACAGAAGAGAAUGCUGACAGCGCCAAUAAAGAACUACAAGGUGAAGAGCUCUAA